AUGAAAGGGCGAGAAAGCAUAUUUAUGUAUGACUAUGAGCCCUAGCUGAGCUCCCAAGCUUUCAGGUGUACGGAGUAACUCAAGUUCAUGUCUGUCUUUAAAGGUGGUAAAUAAGAAGAUUAACAUAGCCGGGAAAUACGAUUCAGGCGCGGGAGAAAGGAUGGCGGAGCCGAGCGAAGGCCAGGGCGAAGCGCAGAUAGAGUCGAAACUGCCGCCGGAUGACCUCCGCUGCCACCGAAAUGACGGCAAAUUGUGGCGCUGCAACCGCUGGAGGAUCCACGACAAGACAUUCUGCGAGUUCCAUUACCUUCAGGUUCAGGCCAAGGCUCAAAGAGCCAAAGCUAGAGCUUCUUCCUCUUCCUCCUUCCGCGAGAAAAGAGCUCGCGAUGGAGGUGAUGAUGCUGGCCGCGCUUCCGCGAGGAAGCACCGAAUCCCUGAUCGUUUGUCGACCAAGCAGAGAAGCGGAGAGAAGGUGUCCCUGGAAGAUGCGGAAUGCCGAGAGGAGUCAGAUGAGGUUAUUCCGAAGAAGAAAAAGAGGGGGCUUGGUGCUGUUGCUACUGAGGCCAGAGGACAGAAAUGGGAGGGCAGUUUGGGCAGAAGACCAAACAAUAAUGUCAGGACCGAUGCUGACAAGAAGAAGGAGGAGGAGAGGAAGCCGGCCAAGGAGGAAGCAGCCGUGGACAUUCGACAUAUUUAUAGCCGACGGAACAAAUUGGGAUUACAGAAACGCGAACAGCAGGGAACAGAUAACGAAGAAGACGAUUUCCGUGAGAAAGGUGAGCAUAAAGAUAAGGAUUCUCUUGGCGCGAGAAGGUCCGGUUCCAAGCUAAAGGAUGGUCGCAGGAAGCAUUUCAGUGCCGAGGGGGACGAAGAUGAUUGCCAGAUGUGCCAUCAGUGUCAAAGGAGCGAUAAGAGGGUGGUGCGGUGCCGCAUGUGCAAAGGCAAACGUUUUUGUGGCCCUUGCAUUCAGAGAUGGUACCCUCUAAUGUCAGAGGACGCAAUAGCAGAAUCUUGCCCAUUCUGUCGUGGAAAUUGCAACUGCAAAGCAUGCUUGCGAAAAGAUAUACCUCAGGAUGCCAAAUAUUCAGGAAUGCCUCAAAGUAGAAAUGAGAAGAUACAACACUUGAAUUAUAUGGUACAUGAACUUUAUCCAUUCUUGAAACAACUUGAUCAUGAUCAAAUGAAGGAAAAGGAGACGGAGGCUUAUAUUCAAGGAUUAUCACCAUUACAGAUAGAGGUACAGAAAACAGGUUGUGAGAAGGAUGAGCGUGUGUAUUGUGAUAACUGCAGGACAUCUAUAGUAGAUUUUCACAGAAACUGCCCUAAAUGUUCCUAUGAUCUCUGUCUUUCUUGUUGCCGUGAGAUUCGGGAUGGCUGCUUGAAAGGAUGUGCUGAUGAAGUGACUGUGCAGUAUGUUGACAGAGGAAAAGCUUACUUGCAUGGAGAACUCCGUUUGCCUGUAGAACGAAAAGGUCAUCCAGAUUCAUUUGGAAAUUCAAGCUCGUAUGUUCGUGUGAGACCAACAUCUGAGUGGAAAGCAAAGAAAAAUGGUGAUAUCCCUUGUCCAUCAAAGGAAUUGGGUGGUUGUGGACGUUGUCGGCUGGAGUUGAAAUGUAUAUUUUCUGAAAGCUGGGUUUCAGAACUGAAGAAGAAAGUAGAAAGAGUGGUUAAAACCCACGAACUGAAUGUGCCUAAAAUUUCUUCACGGUGCUGCUGCAAUUCUAAAUUGGAUGGCGAGGUUGAUUGUGGUAACAUGAAGUUAAGGAAAGCAGCUUCUCGUGAAGAUUCUGAUGCCAACUAUUUGUAUUGUCCUUCAGCUAGUGACAUCCAUCAAGGGGAUCUUGAGCACUUCCAAAAGCACUGGAACAAGGGAGAGCCAGUGAUUGUAAGGAAUGUUCUUGACUGCACAUCUGGCUUGAGCUGGGAGCCAAUGGUCAUGUGGCGUGCCUUUCGUGAGAUUAAAUAUACCAAGGGUUCCUCAGAUUUGGCUGUAAAGGCAAUUGAUUGCCUUGACUGGUGUGAGGUUGAGAUAAAUAUUCAUCAAUUUUUCAAAGGGUAUUCAGAGGGUCGAGCACACAGUAACUUAUGGCCAGAGAUGCUUAAACUAAAAGAUUGGCCACCAUCUAAUUUAUUUGGGGAACGAUUGCCACGCCAUGAUGCUGAGUUUGCUAAUGCCUUGCCAUAUUUGGAAUACACUGAUCCACGCUCUGGUAUACUCAAUCUUGCUGCAAAGUUGCCUGCUGAUAUUCUGAAGCCAGAUCUGGGCCCCAAAACAUAUAUUGCAUAUGGAUUUGCAGAGGAGCUUGGCCGGGGAGAUUCUGUAACAAAGCUUCACUGUGACAUGUCUGAUGCGGUGAAUGUUUUGACUCAUACUGCAGAAGUGACUCUCACCUCUGAGCAGCCUGCAAAAAUUGAAAAGUUGAAGAAAAAACAUGCAACCCAAGACCUAUAUGAACUUUUCAAUGCCAAUCAUGCAGGUGACCAAAAUGAUGAGGACCAGGACCCAUCAGACAUCGAAGGGAAGAUCAAGUCGAAGCCUGAUGGCGCUGACUCACUAGAUGAAGAGAUAUACUUACCUCAAGCUUCAACAUCUGAAAAUGGUAGGCUUUGUAGGAAUUUAGUGGAGAAUAAAUCAUAUGAUCUUGGAGAGAAGAAUACUGAUGAUAUUCCAGUUGGAAUCAAUACAAUCCUGAAUGAGUCAUACAUAAAUGAAGAUAAAAAAUCUGUGAUAGAAAUAUGUGCCAUGAGAGAUGCGGAUGUCUCCCAUAAAAAAAUUUUGGUUGAUGGAGAAUCAACUGUGAUGUCUACUGUGCUGCCUCCACUUGACAAACUUCCUGGAAGCUGCCUGAGAAUGGAGGAAGAUGAUGCAGAUAGGUCCAGUGUCAAGCCUACUGGUAACAUGCUUGGUGUUGGAGUUAAGGUGGAAAAUGGCUGUCUCUCCAUAGCCAUAAAAUCUGAAAAGGUUGGGGUCAGUGAUGCUAGCUGUUCAGGUAUUAGAAGUAAUCAUUCAGAAAGCAAAAUUGGCAAUGAUGCGAAAUCUUCUAGAAAGGGUGUAGAAGGGGGAAGACGUGCCCGAGGUAGACCGAGAAAAAAAGGGAAAUUUUUUGAUGACUUGGAUGGAAGUUCAGAAAACUUUAUUACCAAGGUUGCUGGUGCUACUAAAUCUGAGACUCUGGAGGGAACUUCAAGGGUUCAAGGUGAAAGGAGUGCAGAUGAGGGUCACGCUGAUUCUUUUAGAAUGCAUUUUUUAAGAGAUGAAACACAUCAGCAAGGUGCCUUGCCUGACAAGCCUGCUGAGGUUUCUAGAAAGAAGUUGGAUGGUCUUGAAAAAGCAGAGGGAGGUGCUGUUUGGGAUAUUUUUCGGAGGCAAGAUGUCCCUAAGCUUCAGGAGUAUCUCAGAAAGCACCACAGGGAGUUCAGACAUGUUCAUUGUUCUCCAGUGGAGCAGGUUGUUCACCCUAUUCAUGAUCAGACCUUUUACCUCACAUUGGGUCACAAGCAGAAGCUCAAGGAGGAGUUCGGUGUUGAGCCUUGGACUUUCGUGCAAAAUCUUGGAGAGGCAGUCUUUAUUCCAGCAGGAUGUCCUCACCAAGUUCGAAAUCUGAAGUCAUGCAUUAAGGUGGCUCUUGACUUUGUCUCUCCUGAGAACCUCCACGAGUGCAUCCGUUUGACUGAGGAGUUCCGUGUUCUUCCCCAGAAUCACAGGGCUAAGGAGGACAAGCUGGAGGUGAAGAAGAUGUCUCUUUAUGCAAUUAACCAGGCUGUGGAGGAAUUAGAGCAGCUCGAAGGGGAUGAGAGAGAUGAUUUUCAGGCACCAUCAUUGGGAACUGAUCAGCUUUGUACAAACUCGUGUCAACUGUUGGAGCAUCUUCCAUCUUCCUCGGUUUCAUCUCCUCUGCUUGCAUCCUAAAUAUCGGGCACAGGGCACAUCCAUAUUUUGAGGACUCAAAAACAUGUAGGAGCAGCAUUAGCUUCGAUGUCUGUUUAUAACCUAUCUUAUAUGCCACCAUGUCCAUGUCCAUAUGUAUAGUUCGACCCCCACAUCUUUUGUAUGUAUCGCCCUAACUGUAACUGGUAUUUUGCAGUAUUCCUCUCCGCCUAGUCUGGCGUUUUAUAUUUGGGACCUGUUUACAUUGAGCUAUUGUUUAGCAAUAGUGAAUAGUUAGUGGCGAACUGCGCUCACUCGGAAUGUCAAAUGGUGACUCCUUUUCCACAUGAAAGGUCGCAAAAAACAAUGUAGACGGAUGGUUUGGAACUUUCAGAUCGAGUUCGGACCUA